AUGGAGCCGUUCUCAAGUCCCUCGCCUUCGUCCAUGGCGUCUCCACUGCUGCGCAGCAAUAGUGGAAUGGAUAGUUUGGACAUCUGCAAGCCGCCGCAGGACGAAGAAGAGUUUUGUUUCCGCUAUCCGAGCUACAUGUUUCCGGACGUGGAGUACGACAAAGAGGACGUGCCGCUCCUUUUCAAAGCUUCACCCGACUCCCUCUUCAAUCUCUGCGCCGCCGUCGUAGAUUCCCAGGCCCGGACUGAGGUCUUCAAGUGGAGCAUUAACGAUGUGACCGACUGGCUGCGCAAUUUCGGUUAUCCGGAAUAUGAGCAAACCUUUCGAGAGAACUACAUUGAUGGGCACAAACUCCUUAAUUUGGACGCCGUGUCUCUGGUGGCACUGAACGUCCGGAACUUUGAGCACAUUCGCCAUCUUGGCCGCGGAAUCAGGGCUCUCUACCGCAAGGAGCUUCAGACGGCAACGGAGACCAAACAGCAGAGCGAGGUCUACAAGACAUUUAGAGCCCGCACCGGGCGCAGAUACGAGGGACUGCGAGAGACCGAGCUGCUGGGCCGAAUGCACAUGAUUCGCUCAGUCUUCCGCGACGUCAACGACUGGGACCUGAUGGAGUUGCACAUGUCCAGGACCCCGGUAAGGCGGUACCGUGAGGUGAUCGCCGGGUCCAGGCGCUACAACCUUUAUGGGCCGGCGACAGCGCGCAGAGAGCCCAUAAUUACGGAUGAUGUCGACACCACUCCGUGGUUCAGCUUUGGCGACGUCUUGUAGAUGGUAAUGUGAGAGUUUCAUGUCU